AUGCCGCACUCCAUAUCACCCGAGUCUACACCUGCAGACGAGUCGUCUCGGGAGAUGUCGCAGGCCGACGACACCCAGCCAGGGCCAGAAAGAGAACACGGAGAGGCUACCAUGGAGGAUGCGCCGAGCCCAGCACCCACAUCAGCACCAGUCGAGAAGCCGAAAGUGAAGCUAGAAGAGCUGUUCGACGACGACGAUUCGGAUGGCGAGUUUGCAUCCAGCGCACCCGUCAAGUCUGAAGAAGAAGCCUCGCAACCAGCGCCACUCAAGAUAACCAGUCGCUCCUCCUUCUCCGAUCCCGAUGUCAUGCGCGCCUUCUACCAGCGCCUGUUUCCCUUCCGCUACCUCUUCCAAUGGCUCAACCACAGCCCAACCCCCGCCAACGACUUCGCUCACCGUGAAUUCGCCUUCACAAUGCCAAACGAAUCAUACGUACGCUACCAGUCCUUCCCUACCGCCGAUCUCCUCAGGAAGAUGUGCGUCCAGCAGCUCCCGACCCGUUUCGAGAUUGGCCCCAUGUACAGCACAAACCCGCGCGACCGCAAGACCCUCCGCAAAGCAAGCACCUUCCGGCCGCUCAUGAAGGAGCUGGUCUUCGAUAUCGAUAUGACGGAUUACGACGAUAUUCGUACCUGCUGCACCGGAGCAUCCAUCUGCCACCGAUGUUGGACGUUCAUCACAAUGGCAAUCAAAGUCAUCGACGUAGCUCUGCGUGAGGACUUUGGCUUUUCACACAUUCUCUGGGUAUACUCCGGACGUCGUGGGGCUCACGCUUGGGUGUGUGACAAGCGCGCGCGACUCCUAGACGACCAGAAGCGACGCGCCAUGGCCGGCUACUUCGAGCUCCUCAAGGGCGGCGAUCAAGGCGGCAAGAAAGUCAACGUCAGGCGACCGUUGCACCCGCACUUGGAAAGGAGCCUGAGCGUCCUGAAAGAGCAUUUCCAGACGUCUAUCCUGGCGGAACAAGACCCCUGGGCCUCGUCCGAGAAAUCAGCACACCUUCUCAAUCUCCUCCCCGACCCCACGCUCCGCGCCGCGCUACAGAAAAAGUGGGAUUCUUCGCCCAAUCGUGCCAGCGCAAGCAAAUGGGCGGAUAUUGACGCCUUGGCCAAGUCUGGUGCGCUAUCGAAAUCAAGCAAGGAGUUGCUGGAAGCAAAACAAGACAUUGUCCUGGAGUACACCUACCCCCGCCUUGACGCCGAGGUUUCGAAGAAAUUGAACCAUUUGCUCAAGAGUCCCUUUGUCGUCCAUCCCGGGACAGGGCGCGUUUGCGUGCCUAUCGAUACGAGGACGGUAGAGGAAUUCGAUCCCCUGGGUGUGCCGACCGUCACGCAGUUGUUGCAAGAGAUUGACGAGUGGGAGGGCGAGGAAAGUGAGAAGAAGAUGCAGGACUGGGAAAAGACGAGUCUGAAGCCAUACGUCGAAUUCUUCCGCAAGUUCAUCGCAGGGUUGAUGGAGGAGGAGAAGCCCGCGCUGAAGAGAGAAAGGCAAGACGGCGCCGAUGCUAUGGAGUUUUAG